AUGUACACCUUCGUGGUGUGUGAUGAGAACAGCAGCGUCUAUGCCAACGAGGUGUUCCAGCUGCUGCUCGCCACCGGCCACUGGAAGCGGCUGCGGCGGGGCAACCCCAGGUUCAACCUGAUGCUGGGAGAAAGGAACCGGCUGCCCUUUGGGAGACUGGAUCAUGAGCCUGGGCUGAUCCAGUUGGUGAAUUACUACAGAGGGGCUGACAAACUGUGUUGCAAAGCAUCUUUAGUGAAGCUCAUCAAAACCAGCCCAGAACAGGCUGAGUCCUGCACAUGGUUCCCUGAGUCCUACCUGAUUUAUCCAACCAACCUCAAGGCCCCAGUUGCUCCAGCUCAGAGUGGAAUCCAUCCACCGCUCCAUAGUUCAAGCACAGACAACAGAGAAUUUUUCCGGACUUCAUAUAACAGAAAGAAAGAGGAGGGAGAGGGCAACGCUUGGAUCACAAAGUCAUUAGCCAGAGCCAAAGGUGAAGGCAUCCUCAUCUCCUCAGUGGCUACAGAACUGUUGGAUUUCAUAGACAACCAAGGCCAGGUGCACAUGAUCCAGAAAUACCUGGAGUUCCUGGAUCUGUUCCUGGAGCCUGGUCAUCACAAGUUAGACAUCCGAAGCUGGGUCUUGGUGGACCAUCAGUUUAAUAUCUACCUCUAUAGAGAGGGUGUCCUACAGACUGCUUCAGAACUGUAUUAG